AAACAUUGUACUACACAGAUGACACCGCCAUGGCCAGGGCCCUGGUGCAGUCCCUGCUCGCCAAAGAGGCCUUCGACGAGGUGGACAUGGCUCACAGGUUUGCCCAAGAAUACAAGAAGGACCCUGACAGAGGGUAUGGGGCUGGAGUCAUCACUGUCUUCAAGAAGCUCCUGAGCCCCAAGUGCCGUGAUGUCUAUGAGCCUGCCCGGGCCCAAUUCAAUGGAAAGGGCUCCUAUGGCAAUGGGGGUGCCAUGCGGGUGGCAGGCAUCCCACUGGCCUAUAGCAGUGUCAAAGAUGUACAGAAGUUUGCCCGACUCUCAGCCCAGCUGACCCAUGCCUCCUCCUUGGGUUACAACGGUGCCAUCCUGCAGGCACUGGCUGUGCACCUAGCUCUGCAGGGUGUGUCAUCCAGUGAGCACUUCCUCAAGCAGCUUGUGGGCCACAUGGAAGAGCUGGAAGGUGAUGCCCAGUCGAUCCUGGAUGCCAAAGAGUUGGGUAUGGAGGAGCGUCCAUACUCCAGCAGGCUGAAGAAGGUUGCAGAGCUGCUGGACCAGGAGGUGGUGAGCCGAGAGGAAGUGGUGUCUGAGCUAGGGAAUGGCAUUGCUGCCUUCGAGUCUGUGCCCACUGCCAUCUACUGCUUCCUGCGCUGCAUGGAGCCUGACCCCGAGAUCCCCUCCACCUUCAACAGCCUCCAGAGGACCCUCAUCUACUCCAUCUCACUUGGUGGAGACACAGACACCAUAGCUACCAUGGCUGGGGCCAUUGCUGGAGCUUACUAUGGGAUGGAGCAGGUGCCAGAGAGCUGGCAGCAAAGCUGUGAGGGCUAUGAGGAGACAGACGUCCUGGCCCAGAGCCUGCAUCGAGUCUUCCAAAAGAGUGUGUGAGGGUCACAGCCUCAGCGGCCCUGUCAGGCCCAUCAGAACCAAGGACAACCCAGACUGCAUCCAGAGUCACCUGAAGCUGGUUCUCCUGCCCCAGCAUUCCUAAGGGCAGGCCAAGGGCUCCCUUGGGGCUGGAGUCUUAGGCCGGUCUGUGGAACAGUGAGGAACUGGUGCCUUCUUGGAGCUGCAGCUCUGGCUUGCUGCAGGGCUGUGUGACACCCCGGGGUCCUCAGAAAUAUGAGGGGUCAGGGCAGUUUGAUUUUGGAGGGGUAUUGUGGCAUUCUUUCCAUAUAGGACAUGGGACUUCUGAAGGUGGAAAUGACCUAUGGUUCCUGUUGGGUUUUAACCAAUGUGACUGGAAGCCUCUUGUCGGGCUGGGCAGAGCCAACACGUGUGACUCUUGAGACUGGCAUCUACAUCUAGCCCAUCCAUUGCCAACUGGCCUGGCCCCUCUCUGAAAUGGGGCUCUUUGACGGCUUCUAGUGGAAGUCACAGCAAUAAUUUUUUUUUUAUAAACCCCAGCAUAUCCCGUUUGUUUCCACUGGUGAAUUGUCUUAAGUAGAAACUUCCUGCCUGAACUGUACUUUUCUAGCCCUGGGACCCCAAGGCAGUAGCUUCUGUGUUGUGGGGCAGUCUUCUACCUCCAACCAGGAGGGGCAGAGUAGGCAGGAUCAGUGACUUUUCUUACUAGAGGUCACACAGUGCUGUCAAGGCAUCUGGACAAAUGCUUUGCUUGAGAUUGGGUAGAAACAAGCCAAGCCAGGUCCCUGUAGAAUGGUGCAGAGCGCCCACCUUUGAUGGGAGUGGGGUGUCACCCCAGGUAUGGAAGUGCACUGUGUUGUAUGCCCCCUGUAUCUUGGGGCACAGGGUGAAGGUCUUGGCUUGCAAUGAAGUUUUGUGCAGAUGGGA